AUGGCGGGAAAAUAAAGAUCUGUGAUUGGCCAGUCUAAGAGGGUGGGCGCGCGCAACAAAUCAUUUCUCUUCCGGUAUCAAUUGUUUUGUUUCUCCCUGUUUAUCCUCUUUUUUAGUUCAAAUAAUCAUGCACAUCAACAGAAUUUUCGGUACUCCCCCUGAACCAGUGUUCAACAUGCGGGUAGCUUGCUUAUCAGCGGAACUACUCGAAGAAGCCCUCUACGUGUUGGCCGAAGAAAACGAGAAAAAUAUGGACAAUGCCUGGGAUAGACAAGGAUUUUUCAAAGGGGGGAAACCUUCAGAAUAUACGUUUUCUCUAUGCAAGGAGAUGGAGUUGCCGCCCGAGACGCGAUUUUUGGCAAUCGAGUUAUUUGACAGGUUCAUGGCAAAACACGUAUGCAGCUUGUAUGAUUUGAUCCGCUCAACAAAAGGGGUGUCACAGAAGGACUGGACGGAGGUAGAAAACAGAAUAAAAACUCAGCUUCCUCUGAGGGUUGUAUCAUGCGUCCAGAUAGCAAGCAAAUUGAUUUCGCAUUACAAGUCGAUUACGCCAAACAAAGCUCGCCGCUUUCUGAAUUCUAUUAGCUGCCGUUAUUCCAAUGCAAGUAUCCUAAAAUCUGAGCUAAGAAUACUGAAGACGCUGGAUUACUCCAUGUUGGUACCCACACCACUCACAUUUGUGGAGACGAUACUGGAAAUCCUCGGUCACAAUGAUUCCCGCGCUCAAGUUAAGCUGCUGCACGAUACAUCAAUAAAGGUUCUAGAUGUUGUAUACCUCAAGCACCAUGAAAUCUACAACAAGCUGUGUAUGACGGCUACAGGAGAGAAGGGCACAAGUGGGGACAGGCAAAAGCUUGCUGUGCUUGCAAGCGAUCACAUGCUUUUGGCUGUCAGUGCUAUAAGCACUGCCUCUUACUUGACCGAUAAGUCUUCGUCAGAUAUGGUCAUUGAGCAGCUCAGCCAGAUCACACAGAUUUCAAAAGAAGAUAUUCUUGAUUUUGCAAAUAUUAUACUCGAAUUUAUUCUUUAACAAUAUGCAAGCUUAAUAUACUGAACAAACACGUCUGUGAUCAAUGUUGUAUUUAUUGGAAUUGAAUUAAUUUUGUUUACAGUUUUUUCUAUCCUACAAUAACUCUUGUUUUUGUUUUGCCAUGCAAAAAGUAAGUAUGAAUCAUGGUGACAAUGACUAACAUGUAGUUGUAGACUCACUCAAGCAAAUACUGUAUCUAAGCAUGUUAGACAAAAUAGAAAAAAAACAGUUCUUUUUAAGAUACAAAAUGAUUUCUAUGGGAUAUUAAACAUGUUCUGAACUACAAUACUGUAUGAAUAACAAAGAAAAGAAUUAUUAAAUAAAAGAAAGAAAUUAAAAUAA